UACUAGAAUUCUUCAUCGUUUAUACGAUUUUUCUAUCACGUAUAUUCCUUUAUUGUAAUAUUGCAAUUCUUUGAGAAAUUUUUACGUAUACAUUUCUCAUAGCACGUGUACAUGGCAUGAUGAAGAACCUGACGUUAAAAAAAGUGAUCGCCGUCACAAAGAUAAGUUUGUUUGCAACAUGGUGUUGGCCCCUUCCAAAAAACACAGUUAAACUUAAAGUUAUCUGUGUGAGACUAUACCAAUAUUUGUGUCUAAUUUUAACUUUAAGUCUAACCGCAGGACUAAUGAACACAGUUAAAAACCACGUAGACGAACCUCUUAUUAUGGCAAAAUCAAUAAUCGUAAUGAGUCCUACUGUGCACGUUAUUUGCAAUAUCAUAUGCUGUAAAAUUUAUUCGCGACGUCUACAAUUGGUCACUUUCGAAAUGGAAAAUUUUUCUGAAUUACUUAAGCCUCGCGAAGAAGAAAUUGUUCAACGAUACAUUGACAAAUGCGUUUAUUUUUAUGGUGGUUCUAUACUUUGCAUUUAUCUAAGUGCUAUUGUAAUCAUCACUGGACCUGUUACGCUAGAUCAACCAUUUCCGUCGAACGCCGAAUACCCGUUCGUAAUGUACAAGCAACCGUUAAAAAGUAUUAUCUUUGUGCAUCAAUCUUUUGUAUUUAUUCAAGCUGCUGGCCAGAUAUGUAUGAACGUCUUCAUAGCUCUUCUGCUUUGGACUACCUCAGCGAGAUUUGAGUUAUUGACCAUAGAGUUACGGGCAGUCACGGAUAUUCAUGGUUUAAUCAAAUGCAUUCGAGAACAUAAAAAAUUACUGCAAUAUGCAAAAGAAGUGGUUACUAUAGCUCGUCCCUUUGCAUUGUCAACUAUAAGUCUUAGUACUUUUGCAUUAAUAAUAAUCGGUUUAAUAUUAGUUACUAACCAGCCGUUGUCAAUAAAAAUCCAAUGCGUUGGUUUAACUUUUAGCGGAUUAUCAGAAGUAUUUAUGUAUACAUGGCCAGCAGAACAUUUAAUGCAUAUAAGCGGUGAAAUCCGACAAGCUGUUUUCGAUACGCAGUGGUACAAGCAAUCAAUCGCUUUACGAAAAUAUCUACAAAUUAUUAUGCUAAAGGCUCAAAAUCCUAUAGUUAUUGCAAUACCAUGUGUUAUGCCUGCAUUAUCUUUAAAUUAUUAUGCAUCGGUGAGAAAAGAGUUUGAAUAUUGUUUUGACGUUCAUCAUGCACAUCAAUCAUUUGGACAAAUCAUUCUUCACAAUUCAAUACGUGCAACAAGUUAUUUCUUGUAGUGAUCAGUUAUCUGACCAUGUCAUUGACAAUCAAAUAUAUGGCAAGUAUCGUUUUCAAAUUAUGAGUUCUCAACUAAUAUCAAAUAAUUAAUAAUUAUUUAUUUUUGAAUAUAACGUAAAAAUAUAUAUCAAUAUAUUUUAAAAUUGUUAAAAAAUGUAAUUAUCCAAUAAACAUAAUUACAUGUUUUCACAUAAUAGCAAACUCCUACAUAAUUUAUUUUUUAAAUAAAUUAUUAUUGUAUUUUUCCGUCAAUUUCUUUCUUGUGAAAGAUAUGUUAUAAUUACUAUUUUAUGACAAUGUACGUAAAUGAAAUAUUUUAAACUUGAUGCUAGUUUUGUUUACAAUUGUUACUAUAUUUACGUAUUAAUUAGUAUUCCUUUACAUCACUAUCUAUAAAUUAUAAUAUCACAAAACUGCUAUAAUCUGAUAAUAUUAGAAUAUUAUCUUGUCGAAAACAAUUUCCGAUUGCACAAUAACUCGUACAUGUAUUACGGUUGUAUAUUCAAAAAUGUUAAGUUUUUAAUUAAAAAUAUUGAUUAUUAACAAAGUUAUUGUUAAUAACACAGGCACACACAAAAAGUGGUUGGUCUGGCGGACCACUAGUCAAUCCUUAUAUAUUUUGACGCGCUGAAUCCGAAUCCAAGAUUACAAUUGCUCAUUUUUGCUCAUCAAUUGCUAAAUUGGCUCAUUUUUUCCUAACCUCAAAAAGAAACAUCUUAUAAAAGCAAUUCACAAAAGCUCAGACUUGUCAUAUUGAAUUUUUCCCUUUUUGCAGGUAAUGUGCACAGAGAGAAUUUUCUCUUAAAAAUUAUCCUGAAAAUCGUGGUAAUUGUGAGACAACGUAAACCUUGAAGAAUUUUACCAUACUUU